GCUUCACUUUUUAAAAAUCUAUAUAAUAUUAUUUACAAUUAAUAAAAGUCUGAACGUACAAACAAAAUUAAAAUUAAAAUUCCCCCAAUACGCCUACUCUGAGACUACCAAAAUUAAACUUUUCGUGUACCUUCUUCCAGCUUUAUCCCAUGCAACCAUAAAAAUUAUGUAUAGUUAUGGGUAUUUACCUAAAGAAAACUAAAAUACUAAUUCAAAAAGAUAUAUGCAGCCCUAUCUUUAUUGCAGCAUUAUUUACAAUACCCAAGAUGUAGUAGCACCCUAAAUGUCUGGCAAUAGAUGAAUGGAUAAGGAAGAUAUGGUACAAACACACAAUGGAAUAUUACUCAGCCAUAAAAAACAAGCAAACAAACAAACAAACAAAAAACACAAGAUCUUGGAGCACCUGGGUGGCUCAGUCAGUUAAGCAUCCAACCUCGGCUCAGGUCAUGAUCUCACGGUUCAUGGGUUCGAGCCCCGCAUCCGGCUCUGCUGACAGCUCAGAGCCUGGAGCCUGCUUCAGAUUCUGUGUCUCCUUCUCUCUCUUCCCCUCCCCCACUCAUGCUCUCUCUCUUUCUCUCUCAAAAAUAAAUCAACAUUAAAAAAAAAAAAAAAAGGAAUAAGACCUUGCCAUCUGUGAAACAUGGGUAGAUCUAGAAGGUAAGUUGCUAAAUGAAAUAAGUAAGACAGUGGCAAGGGCCACCAUUCUGACUGAGCAACCCUAGUGAAAGGAGCCAAAGAAGUAGCACAGGAUGUCCCCAUUUUCCCUCCCCCUUCCUUUCUCUGGUUGGCUUCCCAAACCCUCUAUAUGCCAGUCCUGGUCCCACCAUGUCCUAGAAAUAAGAAGAGGAGAACCCUGCACAAGAGACUGGUGACAAGAAGCAGGACACACAGGAGAAAGGAGGUAUUCUCCCUGAGAGAGGAAAGGAGGCAAAGCUAAAGUCCAAAUAUCCCAUAAGACAAAAGCCAGAUGGCUCCAACUUCAUGGAGAGACUCCAGAAAGGGCGAAAGUACUUUGACUCAAGAGACCACAACAUGGCCAAAGACAAGAGGAAGAAUAAGCAGUUGCCAAGUGCAGGACAAGAGAACCUGGCGACUGGUAAUCACAUUCCCACCCCACAGGAUUUGCCCCAGAGAAAGUCCUCACUCAUCACCAGCAAGCUUGUAGGGUAACCUCAGCUCCCCUUCUCUCUUCUUCCUCACCCACUGAACUUUUAAUAUAUCAUAGGCUGAAGUGGAAUGAGUGCCUGGUUAGAUCUCAACUUGCGAGCCAGAAAUGACCCUAAUUCCCAUAGGAGCUGCUGAGAAGAUGAUGUGGGUUGAAAGGGGGCUCUGAGUUCAUUUCUUUGGUUAAAUUGAGAUUUUCACACCCUCACUGAGCCCAAGCAAGGGCCAGAAAUGAGAGACUAGGAUUGCAUAAUGCUGUAAAAAUGCUCUUUUUUCUCUGUAUGAGAACCUGGGAAGAUGUGAUUUCUCCUUUUGGAAGAGAAUAUCCCAAAACUGAUUAGGCUAAGCCUUAAGAAUAAUAUGGUAGGUUUACAUCUGGAGGCCAACCUGACAAUGCUGGGAAAGGCAGACUGAAUAAUAUCUGCUUUCUCUGCUUCUACAUGUUUUGUUCUUGUUUUUUUUUUCCUCUUAGGCUGCUAUUGCUUCAUAUUUCCAUUAUGGCAGGUUUAGAGAAUCCUCAAAAAGAAAAACUCAUUUGCUUGCCUAAAACUACAAUGCCCACCUAACCUCCCUUACUAAGUGUCUCUUGCAGUUUUCCCUGCAUCAUUUACAUGAAACGGGCACUUUCUUUCUCUUCUAGCAUGCUUUUGAAAGUAUCAUGGGACAGUGGAAAGAGCACUAGGUUUAGAGCCAAGAUAUCUGGGUUCCAGCUGCACUGCAUCUUCGUAAAACUGAUGUGUAACCUUGGUAAAGUCAUUUAACCUCUAUGGGUUUCUAUUUCCUCAUUUGUAAAAGAGUUGAAUAUAGAUAAGACUGAUUCUAAUUUCAAAAUUGUAUAACUGCCAGC